CUUGUUUAACCGCAAAGUCCAAUAAAAGAGCAGAAAGAAAUGCUUUACCUAUUGAUAACCAAUUAGAAAGCACGAAUAAUCAAAUAGAAAACCAAUUAGAAAAUGAAAUAGAGACAAUUACCUUUACUGACAUUAUUGAACAUAUUUCUAAUAAAGUUUCAAGUCUUGAACAAGACGAAAAAUUUUACUUCAACUUAUAUGUCAAAAUUGAUGAUGAUAUAUUGGCUAAAGUUAAUCAUGAUAUGAGACUUUUA